CAGUUGAUUCAGCGCUGCAAUAAAUGCCAACCAAUAAAUGAUUUUUAGUUGCCCUUAUAUUUCCACACCUUUGUCUUUCUUGUAUUGCAGAUCAAAUCCCAUAGUUAAGGCCACAGCUUUAUUCUCAGUGGAACAAAAUGGGUUUUGGGAAUUCAAAAUCUGUAAGGUUUAGAGAUGAUCUGGAGUUAAGCUUGCCGCCGGAAGUGAAUGGAGAUGGUGAAAUUAAGCUUAAAUACAACAUUGAUGGAACACAAAUGUCAGACUCUAGUAGGAAGAUGAUGUCUCAGAUGGAGGUGUCUGGGAAGACUGGAAAAUCAUUUAAAGCUAAAAUACUGUCUAGAGUUUUCUCUGAGGAUUAUGAUAGAGUGAAGAAAAAGAUACUGGAUCCUCGAGGAGCAUCGAUACGGAGAUGGACUAAGAUCUUUUUAGUAGCAUGCUUAGUUUCCUUGUUUGUUGAUCCACUUUUCUUUUACUUGCCUGAAGUCUGGAAGGAAGUAUGUAUUGAUAUAGGCAUACCCCUCGAAGUAGGCCUUACAAUUGUUAGAUCAAUAUCUGAUGUCUUUUACAUGAUUCAGAUUUUAAUUCGUUUUCGUACUGCUUAUGUCGCGCCUUCUUCUCGUGUUUUUGGAAGAGGAGAACUUGUUAUAGAUUCUAAAAAGAUUGCGUUAAGGUACCUACAGAAGAAUUUCUGGAUCGACCUUAUUGCUGCCUUGCCUCUUCCUCAGGUGUUAAUUUGGAUUGUUAUCCCCAAUCUUAGUGGUUCAACGAUGAGAAACACAAAAAAUGUCCUUCGUUUCAUCAUCAUUUUUCAGUAUCUCCCACGACUUUUUCUGAUUUUUCCACUCUCAUCGCAUAUUGUCAAGACCACUGGUGUUGUAACAGAAACAGCAUGGGCAGGAGCUGCUUACAACCUGAUGCUUUACAUGCUGGCUAGCCAUGUUUUAGGAGCUUGCUGGUAUCUUCUAUCGAUUGAGCGACAGGAAGCAUGCUGGAGUAGUGUCUGUAAUCUAGAGAAGUUAUCUUGCGAGUAUGGAUUCUUUGAUUGUCGUCGGGUGCAUGACAGUCCUGAUAGGGAAUCUUGGUUCAAAUCAAGCAACAUCACAAACUUUUGCAACCCAGAUAAUAAUUACUAUCAGUUUGGAAUAUAUGGUGAUGCUUUGAAAUUUGAUGUUACGACUGCAUCAUUCUUCAACAAGUACUUUUACUGUUUUUGGUGGGGCUUAAGGAACCUCAGCUCACUGGGGCAAAAUCUUUCAACAAGCACUUAUGUGGGUGAAAUAGCAUUUUCCAUCAUCAUUGCAACGCUUGGACUGGUUCUCUUCGGAUUGCUUAUAGGGAAUAUGCAAACAUACCUACAAUCAACAACAGUUCACUUGGAAGAGUGGAGAAUCAAGAGAACUGAUACGGAACAAUGGAUGCAUCACAGGCAGCUACCGCAUGAGUUGAAGCAGUCUGUUCGGAAAUACGAUCAGUAUAAGUGGGUGGCCACUAGGGGCGUUGAUGAGGAAGCUGUUCUCAAAGGCCUGCCCAUGGAACUGCGAAGAGACAUCAAACGCCAUCUCUGCCUUGAUUUGGUUCGGAGAGUUCCGCUCUUUGAUCAAAUGGAUGAAAGGAUGCUAGAUGCAAUAUGCGAGAGGCUUCGACCAGCAUUGUGCACUGAAGGCACGUUUCUUGUGCGUGAAGGUGAUCCUGUCAAUGAGAUGCUGUUCAUAAUUCGCGGCAACCUUGAUUCCUACACAACUAAUGGUGGCCGAACUGGAUUUUUCAAUUCCUGCCGCCUUGGUCCAGGUGACUUUUGUGGUGAGGAACUAUUGACAUGGGCAUUAGAUCCACGCCUAAGUAUCAUCCUCCCAUCAUCUACCCGCACAGUUAAAGCUAUUUUGGAAGUAGAGGCAUUUGCCCUCAGUGCUGAAGACUUGAAGUUUGUAGCAUCGCAGUUUAGAAGACUUCACAGCAAGCAACUAAGACAAAAGUUCCGGUUCUACUCACACCAUUGGAGAACAUGGGCUGCCUGUUUCAUACAAGCAGCAUGGCGCCGGUAUAAGAAACGGAAGGAAGCUACUGACCUCAGAGCUAGAGAAAAUCCUACAGCUGCCGAUCCUGAAUUAACAUCACCAGGGUCUGGCUUAUCCAUGUAUGCAGCAAGGCUGAAAGCAAGCGCUAGAUCUAGAAGGGGUGUCCUUAAGCGUUCCGGCUCAGAUUCAAGUGUUGUGAGCUCACUGCAGAAGCCGGACGAACCAGAUUUUUCAGUAGAUGAGGAAUGAUUAUUACAAGUCUCCCAUGCUUGAAUGUAUAGAUUAGCAUGUUUAAUUAUUACGAGUCUUUUAUGCUAUUAUUUCAUUAUUUGUUCAUAAACAUUAUAAAGCUAUAUACAGUCAGGACAACUUAUGAAUUAAACAUUAACGCAAACCAUUUUAUCA